UUUUAGGGUGAAAGAGCAGAGGGGAAAGUUUUGAAGUUUUGCAAAGGUAGUGUGGUGAGCGAGCAUGGGAAGCAGAAUGGGAAGAAGGGUGGUGCAGUUUGCGAAUCUACCCAUAAAACUUUUGAUGCCGAAAACCUUCACCAACAUCCAAGAAAUUGCACUGAAGACCAUUCCUUCCGCUUCGAAGAUCGAAAUCAAGCGUGUUCUUGAAUCCCUCUACGGGUUCGAGGUCGAGAAGGUUCAUACAUUGAACAUGGAGGGUAAAAAGAGGAAAUGGGGCGGGUUGUUGAUCGCCAAACCCGAUUACAAAAAGGCUUAUGUCACUCUCAAGAACCCGCUCUCCCUUUCGCCCGAUCUCUACCCGAUCCGAAUCAUCGAGGAGGAUAAGAGGAGGGUCAACAAGCAAACCACGUCCAGCGUCGUCGAGGAAGAGACCCACGCCAGGAGUCACUGGCUCGAUGACAGAAAAGAGACCCAGCAGCCCUUCAGGGCCCAACGGCCCUUCCGGGCCCAACAGCAUGGGCGUUUGGGCCGCCGCGAGAGUGCCAAUGAUGCCAAGUUCCCCUGGUCCAGCAUGAGAAUUGAAGUUGUAUUUCGGUAACUUGCAUCAUAAAAGUCUGAAUUAGAAGAUUUUGCAGAUUAUCAAGUUGGCUUUGUAUAUGCUUCAAAAUGUGAGGAAGUGUUUGCAAAGAGAACAACAGAAGCACCUGGUAUCUGCCGAUGGUAAAUAUUGAAUGAAAUGCAUUUCAUCACGGUAUGGAGACACUUUAUGUAUACAAAUAUCUUCUGACUAAGUAACUAUGGUAUAUCUAAAUAUUAUCAAGCUUGUAUAUAUGGAGUCCGUACUCGUAAAAGAAAAGUUUACCAAUUUUGUUCGGAAUAUAA